CAUAUCAGUUUGUCAUACACAAGCAGCAACAACUCCAAUCAAGAUGUUCAAGUUUUUCGCUCUCUGCCUGUUCGCCGUUGUCGCUCUGGCCGCCGCCAAGCCCCAAUUCCUGGCCACCUAUAGCUCACCCUAUGUGGCUGCCACGCCCUAUGCGGCCGCCUACACCAGCGGCGUCUACGCCUCGCCCUACACCGCAGCCUACACCAGCGGCGUUUACGCCUCGCCCUAUGCCUACAGCGCCUAUCCCUACAGCUCACUCUACCUGAGACGUUGAGGAUGAUCGUCUGGUGCAACAAAUCGAGUGAACACUGUACAAUGCCUGUUGCUGACCUACAUUGAAAUUGAACUGCAAUAAAACGAGAGAACUC